GAUCCCUCCAGCAUCUCAGCGGCACGGCACUGUGGCUUGCCCGAGUGUGAGUCAACACCAGGUCCGUUGCCUGUUGCUGGAGUGAUCUAUUUGAACACGGUCACUGGCGUACUGCGUGUGUCUCAGGAAUGACCGUGAACAUACUCCAAUUAUUUUCUACGCGAGCCAGACUCUGCGCAGCCAGAACCAGCAUUUGCACCGCGGCCACAGCCACAGCCAUAGACACAGGCAGACCAGCAGCACGGUUCUCUGUGCCUGCAUCCUCCAGGAUGGCGUCUGAAUCUCAAUCUCCGCCCCAAUCCCCGUCAUUAGCCGCCGAGAACGGAGUGUCAAGGGUCACUUCAGCCCCAACGUACCAACCAAGAUAUAUAGAUAUCGGAAUCAACCUUGCCGAUCCCAUAUUCCGGGGCGUCUACAACGGGAAGCAAAGGCACGAUGACGAUCUUAGCGGUCUGGUAGACAGAGCAAGGCAGGUCGGCUGCACGAAACUCAUCGUCACGGGGUCCAGCUUCAAGACCUCGAGGGAUGCCCUCGCCAUUGCCAAGGACUACACGGGCACUGUCUACACCACCGCAGGUAUUCACCCAUGCUCCUCCUCCAUCUUCGACCCAGCCCACCCGCACUCCCAUGAGGAGGACGGCGACGGCGAGCACACGCCCGCCUGCGGCCCAGACCCGGAGAAACCCAUCCCGGACGACGGCCUGACCGUAGACCCGGAGAAGACCGAGACCAUCAUCUCAGACCUCCGGCGCCUGGUCGAAGACGCCCGGGCCGCGGACCCGGGGCAGCAGCACCUCGUAGCCUUCGGCGAGUUCGGCCUGGACUACGACCGGCUGCACUACUGUGCCAAGUCGCUGCAGCUGCACUCGUUCCGGUCACAGCUCACGCUCGCAGCCGCGCUGAGCCCACAGCUGCCGCUGUUUCUCCACAGCCGCGCGGCGCACGCCGACUUCGUGGCGUGCCUCAAGGCCGCGUUCGGCGAGAGGCUGGAGAGGCUGGAGAAGGGCGGCGUGGUGCACAGCUUUACGGGCACCGUUGAGGAGAUGAGUGAGCUCAUGGAGCUGGGCCUCUACAUCGGCCUCAACGGGUGCAGCUUCAAGACCGUGGAGAAUUGUGAGGUUGUCCGCGCCGUCCGGCUGGACAGGCUGAUGAUCGAGACCGACGGGCCCUGGUGUGAGGUACGGCCGAGCCAUGAGGGUUGGAAGUACCUUGUAGAGAUAGACAGGAAGGAGAAGGCCACCGCAGAGACGCCAGAGCCUGCUGUUCCUACACCUGAGAACGGAGAGGCGGCGCCCCCAGCGGCCAAGCCGCCGCCUAAGAAACAGCAGUCAACCAAGAAGCCGCAGAAGAAGGAGUCCGAGGUCAUUGAGAGAUUCAAGACGGUCAAAAAGGAGAAAUGGGUCGAAGGCGCGAUGGUCAAGGGUCGCAACGAACCUUGCAUGAUAGAGCGGGUGGCUAAGAUCGUGGCCGGCAUCAAGGGCGUCUCGGUCGAGGAGGUGUGCGAGGCUGCAUGGCGGAAUACGGUCAAGGUAUUUGGAAUAGACGAAUCAUAGAACAUGGGGCAACAUGCGACCAUAGAGUAGAGAUUGGCGAGGCAAAUACAGGUACAGUGAUGUGGUUAGCGACCAGACUAGAGUCGUAAAUGUGCUGGAUUAUCGUAGAGUACAGUUGUGCCAUAUCAUCGACCACCGCAGUGAUUUCACAGUAGUCAUCACAUACCAGAGCCUUUGUGACCCCUGAUUCUGCCAUGCCGUACAGCUCCAACGGUCACACCCUCCUCGCCUGUUAACCAACCCGGCAUCUUUUCCCCAUCAAUAAUGCCAGCCUCAACGAGCUGUCGCACACCAGCAAAUACGUGUGGCCCAUGGAAGGUCAAUUUGAUACUCGGACGCCAUGUUGUCUCGUCGCCGUCGAGGUCACCACCGCCUCCGCCCUCGUCAUCCUCCUCGCGGACGCGGUCAAACGCCAUGUCGAUUGUACUCCUGCGGACAGACGCAUCCUUGGGACGCCUUCUCGAAGCAUCUGGCUCUCUUCCACGACCUUCGCUGUCAUCGUGCACAGGGUCCAUUUCCAUAUCGAACGGGUCUUCGAUCACAACGUCAACUCUUUCUACGCCCUUGCCGUCGUCGAUUCUUGCUGAAUCGCCAAACCUUGCCUGUGCGAUCACCCUCGCGCGCUUGACCCUGCGCGCAUAUCGCGCCGUGUCGGGCGACACAGCUCGUCCCCUCACUGCCUCCUCUGGGCCCGGCCUCUUCGUAGAUUUAUGGUCAUCCGCGUCGCUAAGUGGUGGUGAGGGGAGCAGCGUCCCUAAGGGUGACUCUUUCUUCUUCUCAUCUGUGUAUAUACUCCACCCACCGCCGGCCGAGUUCGUCCUGCCUGGGCCUCGUCUGUCCAGCAACUCCUGGAUAUUCCUCGUGUUCAAGGAAGUGGUCUUUAGCGUGUAUCUGCGCCUCGGUCGCGAUAAAGCCUUGGGUAUUCCCUCGAUGACGAGUGCGUGAAGGCUCUUGGUCUCACUGCUGGCAGCUGGGCCGAUGCUCUGCGGCUUGCUAAUGUAUAUGUGUGGGCUCCCGUCAGGAAAUGCCACGUAUAUUGUCCGGCUUGCGUCACCAGCGGCUGCUGAUGUCGCUAGCUUGGUAUUGUAAGGGGAGUCGAGUAUGAAGAUGCGCAGCAGCAGCAAGGCCAUGUCCUUGGGCCGGUCAAAACUGUAGUGCGACUUCACGUCAGGCAGCACCUGGGCCUGGAGGCUGUGCAGGAAUGUAGACGGAUGGAAGCGUGGCACAUUCAGGGACGCAGUGUCGAUCUUGGGAGGCGCAUCGUCUUCUGCAGCCUGCUGCGGCGUGGGUGUUUUCAAGGGGACAAUCUGGUAUGCGCUCCAUCUCUGGGAGGUAGGAUUCUGAUAGAGGUGUUGCAGAUCCGCCAUAGAGAGCUGGUAAAGUGUCAGGCCAUGGCGCCAGUCACCUUCCACUAUGCGGUCGACAACUUCGCGCUUCGAGCCUUUGCGGCUCUGCAUGUCGGAGUAAAGGUCCCGGAGCUCCUCCACGGAGGACAGCGGCGGAUAGAGGUCGGCGGGGUCGUCAUCGUCAUCGUCGUCUUGUUGGUCCCGCAGAUAGGGGCCACAGAGGGAGGCAUUGUUGUCGUCGAGCCAGUCAAGUACGAGCGUGAGCAGGGACGCCCGGUUCAGACGGCUGAGCUGCUUCAAGACUGUAGAGCUGGAGGGCUCGAGGCGCAAGGUUGAAGGGAGGCGGGCGGUGGUGGGGACUGAGAUACGCGCCAUCUCUUCUCAACGGCAACGGCAGAGCCCACGUGGAGCAUCAUCGCAAGGUGAGUACGUAGGGCAUGUGACGGGACGGCACCGCUUCAUACCAUGAUGCAAUGGUUGAUGGAACAGGCUACUAGGGGUGAGACGCGUCGUGGGGCUCUGGGUGACGCGAACCCCGGGUGCCAAGGUCGAGGUCGGGCUGCCUGCCGGGCAGUCUGAGUCUGAGACUCUGAGCACGUUCUGGACCGACGGCAGGGCUUAUCUAAGCGAAUGCAGAGCCGAAACCUUGAUAACGGCCGGCUU